AUGGAGAGUAGUAUGGUGGAGGUGGUGGGGAGCUGUAGACGUAUGGCGGCGGUGGAGACUUGUAGUCAACUUUUGGAGAAGGAGAGUAGUAUGGUGGAGGUGGUGGGGAGCUGUAGACGUAUGGCGGCGGUGGAGACUUGUAGUCAACUUUUGGAGAAGGAGAGUAGUAUGGUGGAGGUG